AUGGACUUUCAAGAAGGUCUGCCUUGUUUCUAUCAGAGACCUCCCUGGAAUAUGCUGGCUCCGGAUCAAGUCUCCACCACAGAUAACCUGCUUCUUAGCACAAAGAAUGAAAAAGUGGUGAACUGCCUACACAAAAACCCUAAAGCUGUUUUCAGACUAAUCUGUUUUCCCUGGGCAGGAAGUGGCUCUAUUUAUUUUGCCAAAUGGGGUCAAACUUUUCAUGACUCAGUAGAAGUGUACUCUAUAAGACUUGCUGGAAGAGAAAGUCGCUGGGAAGAGCCUGUUGCGAGCGACAUGCACCACAUAGCUGCAGAAAUUGCUUGUGCGCUGCUGCCAGUGCUCCAGGAUAAACCGUUCGCGUUUUUUGGCCACAGUAUGGGAUCCUAUAUUGCCCUUAUGACUGCACUACUGUUAAAAGAAAAGCAUAAGUUGGAGCCAAUGCAUUUCUUUAUUUCGGGUACAACCCCUCCUCAUUCGAAGUCACGGCAUCGUCUCGCAGAAAUUGAAAACCUGACAGAAGACCAAAUUAUUCGUGCCCUUGUGGAUUUUGGAAGCACCACCAAAAAUGCCUCUGACUCCAGGGAGUCUUUGCAUGAAUAUAGUCCCGUACUGCUGGCAGAUAUACGCAUGACGUGUAAUUACUUUUUUGACACCCCAUCGGAAGCUGUUCUGUCUUGUGACAUCACCUGCUUUGUUGGAUCUGAAGAUAAAAUAGUACAGGAUGUGGAAGCCUGGAGAGAUAUAACCAGUGGAAAUAUGGACAUACACAGGCUUCCAGGACAUCACUUUUACCUUACAGAACCUUCCAAUGAGAACUUCAUCAAGAAGUACAUAACCAAGUGUCUAGAAUUAUCCGCACUUUCCUGUUAG